UUCCGACCACACCACUUUACUGGAACCCGAAGCUCAACACAUGAUAUUUAGUAAUAUAAUAUGUUCACGCCGCUAUCAGCCACAAACUCCCAGAGCACUUUCCCCUCUUCCAGUCACAGACGAAAACCCUUUCACGGCAACUUCAUCAUGCCGGAGAAAUUGUCUGAGAACAAUCCCUCCCAUGAAUCACCAUUCCCUUUUCCAGUGAGUUAACUAGUGAGUUUCUGCAAGCCAAUUAUGCUUCAAACUUCAAAAUAACCUGGAUUGAAUUGAAGCUCAAAUCCGGCAUUGCAGCCAACUUCAGCUGAAGAGAUGGUAAUAUCCUCCGCGGAACAACUUUGUCGUCGAUUCACUCUAGCCGAGAUCCAGUCAGCCACCGGAGAUUUCAGUAAGGAGCGUCUUAUCGGAGAAGGUGGCUUUGGUGAAGUUUACAAAGGCGCCAUCGAUGAUGGGUCAAAGAUGGUGGCGGUGAAGCGGCUAAAGCGGCUCUCCGAACAAGUGCAGCCGGAGAUUAGUGAAAAGCUACUUAAGCAGGGGUUCCUGAGGGAGAUUGAAACACUAAGUAAGCUCCGGAAUCGUUAUGUUGUCUCUUUGAUUGGAUUUUGCAGUGAGCAGGGCGAGAUGAUUCUUGUUUAUGAGUACAUAGCGAAUGGAACGCUGGCCGAUCACCUCCACAAACCGUCGAGAAACGGCCGCUCCUCGCUCACGUGGACUGAACGUCUCGAUAUCUGCAUUGGAGCUUGUCGAGGUCUCGAUUAUCUUCACAAUUCCUGCCCCGACGGCUCAAUUAUACACCGCGAUGUGAAGACCUCAAAUAUCCUUCUAGAUGAAAAUUUGGUACCUAAGGUUUCGGAUUUUGGGUCCGCCAAACAAUUAAAUGCGGAUAACUCAGAGAGCUUUGUUAGCACGAGUGUCAUGUUCUCGCGUGGGUAUCUUGAUCCAUGUUUUCUGGCAACUGGUGAGCUUACUAUGGCUAGUGACAUAUAUGCUUUUGGGGUGGUAUUGUUGGAGGUAUUGAGUGAGAGACGAGCACAUGAUGAUCGCCUUCCUAGGAAAGAAUGUCUCCUCUCCGAUUGGGCUAACGAAAAAAUUCGGAAGAGAAAAGCUCACGAGAUUGUAGCUUUGAAUUUGAGAGGAGAAAUCUCGAAAGAUUGCCGCAAUAGUUUUUUAGGGAUCGCCAUGAGAUGCUUGCAUCCAGAACCAGAGGGACGGCCGACAAUUACUGAAGUUUUGGGCCAGCUUGAGUCAGCUCUUAGGUUACAGCAGCAGAGGAAAAUGCCAACACAUAGAUUUUGGCAAUUCAAUGCAUCUCCAAAAAGAGUUAUACCAUCAGAAUUACCACAUGAUGAUGAAGUAGAUGCAUUAGAGCAUGAGCAUGCUCUCAAUAUUCUCCCGGUUGCUACCCCUCACAUUCCAGUUGAUGGAUCAGAGGACACACAGAAUGCUGAUAUCCCUGCCAUUCCGCUGACUGAAUUGCAGGACAUAACUGAUGAUUUUAGUUCCGAGUACUUGAUUGCUAACGGAUCCAGUGGUGGCAGUUUAUACCGUGGCGUCCUGAAAACCGGACAGGUUGCUGCAAUUAAAAAGCUCAACAAGAUGUUGUCAGACCAAGAAUUUCUAGCACAGGUAUCAGUAAUAUCUGGCCUGCAGCAUGAAAACGUGGUCCAGCCCCUAGGUUACUGUAUGAAUGGUGAUCUGCAGGUCUUAGCAUUCGAGUUUGCUUCACGUGGAUCCCUACAUGAUAUUCUUCACGGUAGACUAGGCCCCAAAGGCGUAGAAAUGGAGCCAGGUCCAGCUCUGUCAUGGGUACAAAGAAUCAACAUUGCAGUUGGGGCUGCAAAAGGAUUGGACUACAUCCAUGAGAAUGCACUAAUUCAUCGUAGCAUCAAAUCUAGCAAUAUUUUACUUUUUGAAGGUGAAAAUGCUAAGAUAAGUGAUGUUAGUCUGUCAACUGCAUACCCUUGUAAGGCGGAUCGUGGUUAUGAACCUUAUCCUUUUCCGCUUCCCUCGGGUUGUUGUUAUCACCCCCCAGAAUGUGUAUUGACUAAUCAAACUCAGAAAGGUGAUGUUUACAGCUUUGCUGUGGUUCUCCUUGAACUCUUGACAGGUCAGAAACCUUUUGACUCCACACGGCCACCGGGACAGCAGUUCCUUGCAAUAUGGGCAACACCAAUGCUCAGCAAAGACGGGAUAGAGGAGAUCGUGGAUGCUAGACUUGCAAAAAACUACCCUUCUAGUGCAGUUGCAAAGAUGGCUGAAGUUGCUGCAUUGUGUCUUGCAAAGGAAGCUGAUUCUCGACCAGACAUGAGCACUGUUUUAAGAUAUCUCAAGAAAGCUUCAUGGGAAACACGAACUUAUCUCCAAAAACAUCAGCAGCAAUCUCAGAGAGUUAAGUCCGCAUUAUCUCCUAAGGUUGCAGCAGGGCCUUCAAAUUCUUCUAGAUAACUGAACUGGAGAUAAAGGACUACAGAACUGCCAUUCAAUGAUGAAGAUUUUGCAAAGGUAUGGCGAGGCAUCUGGUCAUGUUUACAAUCCUGAUAAAUCCACGGUUUUUUUUGGUUGUGGAUUACUUCGGAUUGUAAGCGCUCUCUUCUUUGUAUCUUUGGCUUUUGCUGCAGUCAGCCUGCAUUCAUUUUCCUUGAAGUUCCUACUCUAUCAGGCAGGGUUAUGGGCAUAAGGGAUGGAAUUCUGUCCAACUUUCAUGGUUGGAAAGGAGCUCACCCCUCAAUUGUUGGCUGGGUUUGUCUUGUGCAUUUGAUGAUCUAUAUGUGGCGCUUCAUUCUGUGUCCCUCUACUGGGCCUAAAUCAUUAAUUAAAAGAGAUGGAUUGAGCUUGCUGCAAUUUCAUUUGGACGGGGAAGGUUGCCCAAAAGCAGUAUGCUUCUGUUCAUUAGGAUCAGACCCGUGCUUCUAAGGAGGACAGGCAGAUGCUUCGCAUUGGUUGGCGUAUCUUAACCCAAGACAGCUCAACUAAUCGGGUUCUUGUCUUAUGAGGUUUCAUUAUCUCACCAUGGACUGUAGGCCUAUUCGUCGGGCUUCGUCGACUGUGUCGUUGGGCGUGGCUUCUUCUGUGCAGUCUCUGUCUGAGUAUAUGUUUUGCGUCAUUGGUGAUGGCCGUUCAAUGAGCUUUUGGCGGGACAAUUGGUUAGUUACGUUACAUGCGUACUGAUAAGUUUGAGAGGCCUUUACUUCUUCAUGCUCAUUUGUGUGAAUCCAUUUCGGACUAUUAUUAUGAUGAGAAAUGGCAUUUUACUGAUGAUUUUCUGGAGGCUUAUCCGGAUGUCGGUUUGGAUAUACUUGAUAUCCCAAUAGCUCACAGCAGUGAUUCAAGGGCUUGGAUUAGAUUGAGUUUAGGGGAUGUUCUUCCUCAACUGGCUUAUCAUGAGGUUUUGGAGCAUUUUCUUUCAAGUUCGUCAUUGUAUUACUCGUUGGGGCCUCAAUUUAGAAUGUCUUCCAGCUGAGAUGAUGUCUCUUGGCAGGGUUUGUUAUAAAGAGGCGGAGUCUGUGGACCAUCUCUUUUGGCAUUGUGAUAUCAUUUUUUGUUGGUUUGGUUUGGAUGGGACAUGAUUUUCAGGCAGCAGCUGCAAAGUCUUUGGCUUCUUGUAGUGGUUUGCGCAUAAGAAGAUUCGUUUUAACGAUGUUAAGCUGUCAGUCAGUGAGGGGGUUGACCAUAUUAAGGAAGCUGUAGGGUGAACUCGGUGCAUGGCGGAGGGAUGCGGCUUUGUAGGGUGUUGGGCUGCUUUCAUUGGGCUUUGCAUUUGAAGCUGAAUUCUUUGAAAUUAGGGUGAUUCUAUUCACAGCCCCAUUUUACUCUUUAUAGCCCAUUAUUAUUUAAUAAAAUAUUAAAAUUAUUAAUAUAUGUACUAUUUUAUCCUUAUAGCCUCCAAUUUAAUUUACACGGAUGAAGCACUAAAUCUGAAGAGAGAACUGAGCGUAUCCUCUGUGACGGCGGGGAGCCUGUGCUACGGCGCUACCACCAUGACCAGCAGGCAGAGGCAGCAAGUGUGGUGGUGGGCUAGGUCCUGGAGCCGACGCGAUAACCGCCGUUGUGGAAGAAGUAGAGAACGGGGAGGGCGGCAGCGCGCGGGGGUGGAACGUGGUUUGUAGAUGCGGAGGUGGAGGUUGCGUUGGUUGUAGUAUAAGCAGUCUUUCCAGACGGCGGUGCCGUCAUCUUCCACUUUGGUGGGGAAUUGAAUGUUGUUGCAGGAAAUGGAGCCGUCAUUUGCAAAAUUCCUUCACAAUAAUUUGAUAAUGAGGAACUGGCCUUCAACUGUUUGCCCAAAUGGAAACCUUCAAGAUUGUUAUUUUAGAAUGAAUUGAAUUAAUUUGGAAUUGAAUCCCUAUUGUGAACCUUCAAGAUUGCUAUUUUAACCUUCUGAAGAAGAGAUGAUGUCUUAUCUUUUCCAAAA